CAAGCUCUGUAUUUCCCUUCUCAACCCUCGCCACCCCACUCUGCCUCUUCUGCCCUUCUCUCUAAUUUCCCAAUCCCACCCUUCGCUUCUUCUUGCCCUUCUUCCCUUUUCUGUUUUUCCGAUCUUCUCCCUGAUUUACCCGCCAGUUUUCAAAUUCUCGUUUUCAAUUUCUGGCUUCUUCUUUGCCAAUCUACUUCAAUAAUCCCUAAUUCUUUGCUUCGAUCCGUACUAUGUCCUCUUAUUCCCGUCUCUGCACUUCUCUUGUCUGAGUUUUCUUCAACACUCAGUUCUUGUUUUCUGCUUUUACUUUGUAUAAGGCCGCUUUCUGGGUUUAUGCCUAGAGUUUUUAUUUGCUGUUUUGGGCAUUUUAAUGUCAGGCAUAUGUUGAUACUGUAAACAGAUAGGUUUUGUGGGUAUCAUUUUGCAAAUUGGUGGUUUCAUCUGGGGGCUGAGUUAUCACAAUUAUUUUUGACAUAUUGGGAUUGAUUUUAUUCGAUGGCAAACCAUGACUUGAUACUGGGGCAAAGUCACAAUUUAGGGCUUAGGCAGAAUCAACAAUUGGUCUUAGGGCAUAAUCACAAUUUGGGUCUAGGCCAGAAUCAUGAUUUGGAAUUGGGACAAGCACAUGAGCAUCAUUUGGGUUUAGGACAGACACAUGAUCAUGAACUGGGUUUAGGACAUCCUCAUGACCAUGAAUUGGGUUUGGGACAGAGUGAUGACCACGAUGGAGAUGCUGGUCAUAGUUAUGGCCAUGAGAAUGAGUUAGGUAUGGAUCGCAAACCUGAAGAGGGAGAUCAUGAGUUGGCUCUUCCUCCACAUAACCAUGAGUUAGCCUUAUCGGAGAACAAUGAAUUGGUUGUUUCGGAAAACCAAGAACUUGAUCAGAACCUGGAACUAGCUGUGGACCAGAACCAGGAAAUGGGCAUGGAGCCUAUUCAGGAUUUGUCCAUUGAGGACUCCCAGCUUGUUGUCCACACUCCUGUCAUUCAGGCUCGUACACUUGCUAUAGCUCCUAAUUAUGAGCUGUCAGUAGGGCAGGAAUUCCCAGAUGUCAUCAGCUGUCGUAGGGCAUUGAGGGAUACAGCCAUUGGUCUUCACUUUGAAAUGCAGACGAUAAAAUCUGACAAGACUCGAUUCACAGCUAAAUGUGCCAGUGAGGGGUGCCCCUGGCGAAUACAUGCAGCGAAGCUGCCAGGAGUUCCAACUUUCACCAUCAGGACCAUCCAUGAGACCCAUACAUGUGGUGGAAUUGCUCAUCUUGGCCAUCAGCAAGCCUCAGUUCAGUGGGUUGCAAACUCAGUAGAGCAAAGACUUAAGGAAAACCCUAAUUACAAGCCAAAGGAAAUAUUGGAAGAGAUUCAUCGAGUACAUGGUAUAACUUUGUCAUACAAGCAAGCUUGGAGAGGCAAGGAGCGAAUCAUGGCUGCCAUGCGUGGAUCCUUUGAAGAAGGCUAUCGAUUGCUUCCACAGUAUUGUGAACAGGUUAAACGGACAAAUCCUGGGAGUAUUGCAUCUGUGUAUGGCAACCCAACAGAUAACUGCUUCCAGCGCCUCUUCAUCUCAUUUCAGGCAUCAAUUUAUGGUUUUCUGAAUGCUUGUCGGCCUCUCCUUGGGUUAGAUAGGACAUUUUUGAAAAGCAAGUACCUUGGUACUUUGCUUCUUGCUACUGGCUUUGAUGGGGAUGGUGCUCUGUUUCCUUUGGCAUUUGGUGUUGUUGAUGAGGAGAAUGAUGAAAAUUGGAUGUGGUUUCUGUCUGAACUUCAUAACCUCCUGGAGAUCAAUACAGAAAACAUGCCAAGGCUUACAAUAUUGUCUGACCGGCAGAAGGGCAUUGUUGAUGGAGUGGAAGCAAAUUUUCCAACUGCUUUUCAUGGAUUUUGCAUGCGUCACUUGAGUGAAAGCUUCCGAAAAGAGUUUAACAACACCAUGCUUGUCAACCUUCUAUGGGAAGCUGCUCAUGCUCUGACCGUCAUUGAAUUUGAGGCAAAAAUUCUAGAGAUUGAGGAGAUAUCACAAGAUGCUGCAUAUUGGAUACGAAGAAUCCCCCCUCGGUUGUGGGCUACAGCUUAUUUUGAAGGGACUCGGUUUGGGCAUUUGACAGCUAAUAUAAUUGAAUCAUUGAACUGUUGGAUUUUGGAAGCCUCUGGGCUUCCAAUAAUUCAGAUGAUGGAAUGCAUUAGGAGGCAGCUAAUGACUUGGUUCAACGAACGCAGAGAGACCAGUAUGCAGUGGACAUCAAUACUUGUGCCUUCUGCUGAGAGGCGCGUUGCGGAGGCUCUUGAGCGAGCACGCACUUAUCAGGUGCUUCGAGCUAAUGAAGCUGAGUUUGAAGUUAUAUCCCAUGAAGGAACUAAUAUUGUGGACAUUAGGAACCGCUGUUGCCUUUGCCGCGGCUGGCAGCUAUAUGGUUUGCCCUGUGCACACGCUGUGGCAGCACUUCUAUCUUGCAGGCAGAAUGUGCAUCGGUUUACUGAGAGUUGUUUCACUGUAGCAACCUAUCGAAAAACAUAUUCACAAACUAUUCAUCCAAUUCCAGAUAAAAGUCUCUGGAAGGAGUUGUCUGAGGGAGAUCCAAAUGCUAACAAGGCUGUUGAGGUUGUUAUUAAUCCACCCAAAUCACUUCGUCCACCUGGUCGGCCAAGAAAAAAGCGAGUCCGAGCAGAAGACCGUGGCCGUGUGAAGCGUGUUGUGCAUUGUAGCCGUUGCAAUCAGACAGGUCACUUUAGAACAACAUGUGCAGCACCCAUCUAAUUUGUGACUUCUGAAAUUUGAUCUGUUAUUAUAUUUGGGUAUGUCCUCUCUGUGCAAAAGUAUUUUAGCUUUUUAGUAUUCUUGUAGUCUCUAGUAGUUGUUAGGUUUGCAAGUAGAAGUUAUUUAUUAUGUGAAAGUCAAAGUCACGCAAACUAAGGUUGUUGUCUAUUAUCCUGUAUGACUGAUGGCAUCAAUAAUACAAUGUUAUGGAAGGAUUGCAUUCAUAA